CAAUUCAUCCUCAGCCUGCCUCCGUAAGGGUGUCGAUUCUCAAGCUGGAACAUUGGAGGAAAAAAAAGAUACUGUAUUUUACUCACAAAACAGGCAAAAACAAACGGAUGUGCUUCAGAAAACGAAACGGCUACCGCCCUCCAGAUCAUUUUAAUGCCAAAAUUGAGAGGUCCGCGGCCUGCGGGGGGAUGACAUGCAUGUGUCCAGGCAUUUAACAUCAUUGAGGAUUUUAAGACUAGUAGGCUGCCCUCCGCCAAGCCAUGAUGGACAUUCUGUACACAGGCCCUGUCCCGGCAGACCGCGAGUCUCCGAUGACGCGGAGCGAGACGUCCCCCAGCCGUGCCCAGCAUCCUUCCCCCACACAGAAACCCAACACCUGCUGCUUCUGCUGGUGCUGCUGCUGUAGCUGCUCAUGGUACGACCCGCUCUCCACAUGGAGUGAAGAUGACAAGAGCAGGCGGAGGAAAGCCCAGGAGACAAAGCUGGAGCCCUUUCCAUGUGAAACUUGCCCAAAACCGACGAUGGAGGAGAUUAAACUGUGGGCACAGUCUUUCGAUAAGCUGAUGAAGAACCCAGCGGGGCGGAACAAGUUCCGUGAGUUCCUGCGGACGGAGUACAGCGAGGAGAACAUGCUCUUCUGGCUGGCCUGCGAAGACCUGAAGAAGGAGAUCAACAAGAGUGCCAUCGAGGAGAAGACGCGUUUGAUCUACGAAGACUACAUCUCGAUCCUCUCGCCCAAAGAGGUGAGUCUGGACUCUCGCGUGAGGGAAGUGAUCAACAGGAGGUUACAGGAUCCCACCCCUCACAUAUUUGAGGAUGCACAGCUGCAGAUCUACACCCUCAUGCACAGAGACUCCUACCCACGAUUCCUCAACUCCUCUGUCUACAGAUCACUGGUGCAGGGGGGGUCGCGCUCCUCGUCUGAGUCAUAGACCCCCACCUCUUUCUCUCAUUCUCUCCAUCCCAUCUCUCUCCGUCUUGCUCAUUGCACAACCACUCGAGGAGAAAGUACUCCUUUUUUUCGUGUCAUCACAGUCGGAUUGUCAUUUUUGUUUUUUGCUCAGUCCAUGUUCCUCUCUCAUUUUUGAGAGAAUCCCACAUUUCUUCUGAACCUGCACAAACUGAAACUGGAAGACACAGGGUUGAAAAUGCAGUUUUCAUUUUUCCAAUCCUCUAUUUCCUCCCCUCGUUCCAGCAUCAACUACUGAUUUUCAUAGCAAUCUUUUUUCUUUUUUUUUCAAGCAAACAUGCUUCACUACUUGUAUCUCCUGACGUCUCUAGUUGAAGAGAGCUGAGAGGGCCUCUGCAAUAACAUACACUGGAGUGGCAUGACCGAUCUGCUCCUCUCUCUUCACCCUGACCUGUCCACUGUCUCUGUGCUCUGAUUGGCUCUUUGAGGCGAGGGGUCUAGAGGUGAUUGGUGGCAUCGUAAAAGAGAGGGACAGCACUUUUUCCAGGUGCUGAA